AGCUUCCCUUGGGACCUAUGCGUGAUUCGCUAACGUUGCGCAAGCUUUCAUCCCGCGGCGAUCGCCCCACGCGCCAGAAAACGGCAGAAAUGAAAGACCGAGGUCGGCGCUCAGCCAGGGGAGGGAGCCCGUCCGCGCCGCGCAAAAACUCUUCGGAGCCGGUGAUUAACCACUCCUCUUCGCGCAAGCGAACUCGUGGAAGCACGCGGAGUCAUCAAAAGGGGGCGCCAACACCUCGCAUUUUUCAAGAUCGGUCGUUCCAAGUCUCGCCCUCUCCCAGGCACCGAAAGCGCGGGAGGCUUCAUAAGGAAGAGAGGAUCAUGGCCUCGUCGACGAAGACCAGGGAGAAGAAGAGAGAGAGGAAGGGACGGACCAGAGGAAGUUCUUCAUCAACCGCCCAGCACGGGUGGGUACAGCAGGUGACACCUUCUUCGGGCGACGUUACCCUUGCUCCCAGCAGGCCCUCCUCCUCCAGAAUGAGGGAAUCGCGACCAUCUUCAAGACGUGCUGCUGCUGGGUCUGCUCCGGAUUCUUCCUCUGUUGUACGCCCAGGUCCUUCGGCUGUUUCUGAAACAACCGCUGCCUACGUGGCGCCGGCGUGGCCCUUCCUGGAGCAGAAGCCUCAGCGACAGACUCGCCAGCGCCCCGUCGACCCUGACAAGUUGAUAAAGGUCUGCGUGGAAAGAAGCGAUGGCGGCGGUGACAACAUGUCAUCGUCAAACUCAUCUCGUGGAAGAAACAACUCGGCUCAACACAAUCAGGCGGUUCAAAAUCCAAUUUUGGACCACGGAGAAAAAUACCUAGCAUCGUCCGUCGUGAAUGCUAGCAGCAGCAAGGCCAGCGGGGGAAGUGGCAUUUCUUCUAGACCCCACAGCAACGGCAUCGCGAAUGGGACCCUUACCUCUUCUUCCCGUCGGCACGUGGUCCGUUCCAGCAGCGGCGUCGCCUCACGCUCGGGCGGCACAUCCGAAAGGCGGACACCGCCGUCCUCAGCCUCCAACACCACGACCACAACUCCUCCUUCUGCACAGGUAUCCGCGACUACGGCAACGGGAGAAGGCGGGGCGAGGGGAGAAGGGCGGGAAACAGAAGCAGCCAAGACGGAUAACGUGAUAUGCCCUCAGUUUCGUCUUCACAAUCUUUUUGACGCUGGCAACACCAUCACCACCACAGCGGAUAACGACGACACCCAAAGCUGCCAAACUUCGGGGAAACCAACACUCGGUCCUCGCCGUAAGCGUCCGGUCAAGACAGAAGCUGGAGCCACCCGUGAGGGGAGAUCCAUGGCGCCGCCCCGUCGAAGUGCCUCAGCUUGCGGGGGUGGUGGAGAAAAGCAGGUCGGGUUUCUGGAUCAGACGAAGGAUGCGCUUGUGCGCUCGACGCAGGCCGUGUUCGGCAGCGACUACGACAUGGAUGACGAUGACUUCGCCUUCUUGCAGCAACUCAACGGUGGUAAGAGCACCGGAGGAGGCUCGAAAGUGGCGACGGGGGGUGAUUGUACGGGAGAGAAAGGGUGGGCAGUCAGCGCAAACCUGUUCGAGGGGAUGAUCGAAAGGCUGGAGCGCCAGGAGUCUCGUGCGCGUGAUACCAUGGUCCUGGUGGAGGCAUCCCUUAGACUCAAGGAAGAGCAUGCUGAUGCCUCGAAGCGUGUGGACCAGUUCAUCAAAGAAGGAGACGCGGUCCUGAACUUCGCUGCGGGAGUCACAGAAGAUGAUGACUUCUCCGCCCGCCGCGGACGCUCGGGCAGUAACGGCGUCGAUGGCAGCGGUGGUGGCGGUGCGGCUAGAGACGUCAGCGGUGGUAGCAACAGCGACGGACACAUGAGUGAUGCCCACGGUGGCGGCGGUAGUAGCAGUGGUCUCAGGCACGGUUGCGGCAGCACCAGCAGCACUGUUGGCCGGCGGCGUAAGAAACACACUGGAUACGUGCAGGAAGAGGACUCGGACUCGGAUGACGGGGAACGCCACGCAAGGAUCAUGCGCUCGCGUGGACCCGUUACCCUGACGCAAACGUUCGCGUUGCCGUUGCUGCGCUCGUACGUAACGGCGUUCAAGUCAGCCUCGGACUCCCGCCGGGGCGCCACCAACGUAGGCAAUGGCUUGGCCGGAGCACGGGAAACGGCAUCUAGGAGAUCGAAGGGGUGGAAAGGAAAGGGGAAACAGCCGGCUUCGCGCAGCGGUAGGAGUUCCGGAGGGAACGAAGAAGAGGAAGAGGAAGAAAACCGAGCGGCGGUGUCCGACGAUCAGCUGCUGGAUGUGUUCAGGUACUGGGCAAAGAAACGCGAGGCUUACGGAGGCCCGAUGCUCCGGUGCUUCCACCCUUUCAUCAUGAAGCUAUGGCGCCGAAUGGAGGACCCGGUUAGGGAGGCGGAAGAUCAGGAGGAGGGGAAGGACCCGCACGCGUCCCCGGAGGCAUUUGAUACGCUCAAGAGUUUCCGACAGGACCUUGACAAAGCUCGGCUGGUGGUGGACUGCGUCAAGCGCCGCGAAAAGCUCAAGAGAUCUGCGAUCCGCUUCGCCAACGCCUACUGGAAGAUCUUUGAUGACACCAUGGAUGCGCCCCGCCCACGCGCACCCAGGCCUUCUCAACCAAAGGUGACCACAGCGUCGGCUGCGCCACCGGCGGCUCCACCGCUGCUGUCCACAUCUGCCCGCCCUUCCACUCGCCGGGCUGCAAGGACCACGAGCGGGGCGGUCAGCAACGGUGUCAACGUUUACGGUGGUGGUGCUAGUGGGGCCGGAGGGAGCCGUAGCAGUGGACGAGCGGCAGCCGCAGCGGCUAGGGCGGCGGUGGCAGCCCUUGCUACUGCUGAAUCGAUGGAAGAAGGCGAUUAUGAUGCGGGCGUGGAGGAGCAAGAGCGUGGUGGGGAGGGAGAACGGGAGGAAGAGGUGCCAACGCCACCACCGCUACCGGCAAAAUUGAACGGAAAGGCGGAGGGGUUGGCGGAGCAGGAACAAGGCUGGAACACGUUCGCACAGCUGCCGACUCGGGCGGUAGCUAUCCCCACUUCAGUACGGCCGCCGAGGCAGAAGAAAAAAGGACCAGGGGUACAACGUGAGAGAAACGAGGUUCGGGAGCGCGCGUUGCAGGCGGUGACUAACCCUGCUCGAGGCCUGUUCGUGCACCGUGGCGUGGCUGUGGACGAUGUUGCCGUGGACCGCCGCCACGAGAGGCCGAACUCGACAGCGGUGGAGCUGGUGGAGAGAGAUGAGGGCAUUCCUGGGGCUCCGCAGCACCAGCGCUCCACCAACUCAAGCAAGCCGCCGGGAAAGGUAGCACCAGCGGUCAAUGCUGAACAGAAAAUAGAUGAAAGAGCAAGGCGCCGGGAACGUUUCAACUCGGCGUCCUCGGCUGCUCUUGCGCAACAACAGGCGAGCCGUCGUCAGCAAUCAAACCGUCAGCAAUCGAGCACUCGGCAGUCGAGCCGUCAACAGCCAAGCCGUAUGCAUCGGCUUCGAGGGCCGCAAUCAGAGGUGGUUCAGGCGGACGAAGAACAGGAUGAAAGCGCAGAGGUCCAAGAUGUCGAGGCCCCCAUUGCGGCUGGACGCGCAAGUCGGCGGGGUGGCGCUGGCUUGCGAGACGGGGUUGCAGGUCGGCGGGGAGUUGGGGGUGCAAACGAGCCCGAGAAGGUGAACGAGGCCCGUAGCAACACGACCAAAAAGCGGCGCAAGGCUGCCUUUGGACCCGAGGACGCUGAAGAAGAGAGCAACAAGUUCGACGGUGCAACCAAGGGGCGUAAGGUGAUGGCGCGUGGGUCUGAAAGGACAAAGCGCCGCCGGCUGGACGAGAACACCAGUGUCGAUAACGGAGCGCUGAGCAACGUGAGGCAGCACCGCGCAAGGUCAUCUUCUGCCUCUUCCUCGUCAUCCUCUGACCACCCGUCCAUCUCUAACACGAGAGCAAGCCAGUCGGAAACGGCAGUGGUGGUAAUGGAAGAUGUUCCGAUUUCGCCCAAGGCAGCCGUGAUGUUGCCUAAAAGCAAGAACCACAAGACCACCUCCAGGCCUAGCAGGCGCAAGUCCAGGUUUGCCAACGAUGGGCGCAGGAAUCGCGCAUUGGCGCGCCUGUCGUGAGCCCGAGGUCACAACUUUUCCGCUCGACAGGAGUUUUCGAUGAUGGAUUUCAGGAAGGGCUUUCGUGAGUGAGGGGCAGCGGAUAGGUGCGAGACCUGCGACGGGGAAAACGGGCAAGGGAGAGCUCCUGUGAAACGGGGUGAUUGCUUGCUUAGCUCGAAGGUGUGCUUUUGCGGUCGCUGGUGCAUGGUCUCCCGAAACAUGCAAGGCGGGUGAGGCCGACCCCCCGCGUCGGGUUCUGGCAAGAGCGCAGCCAAAGGACUUUGUUUUGGGCUUUUUUGCCCGGUCAUCGGUGAGGCACAUGCUGCCAGUCUUGGCAGAUGGAUUGAUCGAUUUUCCUAGACACGCUUUGCGGACGAUGGUCGUAGUUGCUGUGCUGCUUUAUUGCCUGCGAGGAUUGUGUCCCUCCUGUCGUCACCUUGGCCUUGCCUUUUUAAGCGAUACCAACCACACGACCCUUGUAAGGUUGCUGUGGUUGGCAAGUCUCGCGCGGUGCGUUUCUGCGGAAUCCGGCAUCAUCGUGAAGGCAAGAGAAAACGUGGGGGGCACAUUGCAGCGAAUAUCUUGGUGUGGUGGUGCCGUUGGCAAUUGUCAAUACGGCAUGCAGUUGCUUGCACAGGGGUGUUCUAGGACGGACCUCGUACCGGCUGCAGCAGAUGGCUCUUGUUGAUGGUGACUGCUGUGUUUGCUAUAUGUUGCCGAUAAUGGGGCGCGGUGGCGCGAAAGACCUAUGGGUACGGACACUGAGCUGCGUGGGUUGAACUUUUUAUUCGAUUUUUUUGCAAAAGUGGUAGCAAUUGGCUUGGGCUUGGUGGGAUGCCAGAAAUGAUUUCCGCGCUAAGUUUUUUUCUUGCUUGAGUACCGCAGUCGAUCAAGCUGCUUGAUGAUUGUGGAUUUAGCGGUGGUUCCCACUUGAGCACAUGGUUACGAUGUUUGUAACAAUAUAGGUUGUUGGCGAUGGUAGGAUGAUCAAGUGAAUAGAGUAGAUGAUUUGAGGACAUACCGAAGUUCGAAGGAACUGUUCGUGUGCGGUAAGAAAAGAAUAUGAUGAGCGUAGCGCAGAAGUGAGGUUUGUCCCGUUUUGGAUGGCGAUUCUUACGAGGACGGCGGUUCUGGGCCUUGGAGUUUUGGUUUCGUGUCGCUAAAAAUGGGAAGUCCGGUUUGGCACGAGGGUGCGUUGAGGGUCUGUUUUGUUUGUUCAGGUGUUGAACGUGAGAUGAAUCCUUGCGCUUGUUCUCACAUGUAGUUGCUGUAGAGGCUGCGAACGAGGUGUCGUUUUGCCGAUGGGGUGGAUGUUUGUUUCGACAAGCGCUAAUAAAAUACGGGUCCUCACGACGGAGCUGUCGAAAUCGCCCCGCUAGGUGUUUGUACUAGCUGUCUCACACCUGAUUUUACUAUGCAUGGCGGUAACGCAACGGGACUUCAGAUUUGUUCCGGGAAUUACGAAGACAAAUGACAUCGUCGAGUCCACGAUCGCUGACAAUGAAAACCAAGAAGAAUUACACA